CACUAAUAAUUAAAGGACUAACUGUUAGUUACUGAAGCUAUUUGGAUUCGGUUAACUUCGUUCUUGAUGAAAGUGUAUGAUGAAGUAGACCUGUUUUACUUCGUCAAGCUUAUUUCGUAAUUUGAUGUGAAUAUAGCUGUUUCAGUCUGUUGCAGACUGUGCGUUCGAUUACUGCAUCGCAGAUUUUCAUCUCACUGUACGUAGAAUUUAGGGAAUUUGAUAGUAUCGUCAUUUUAUGGGUUACUGAUGUGGCUCAUAUUGUUAAACGUCAGCCUGUUCAUAAUUACUGAAUCUAGUCCAUCUUUCUAAUUCGAUGGGAGCAUGUUUCGUAUUUCCGUAGGUAAAUGUGAAUUUUGUUUCCAAUCCGAAUCUCCAAUAUAUGUUUAGACCAAUACGUACUGAUUAUUUACUAACCUUUAACAAUAACCAUUUUCACUCAAUGGUAUAUUCGUUAAACUGUUUUGAAUAAUUGUAGCGAUUCCUGUGAGUUUGGAGGAAUGUAUCACUCACUUUAUGUAUGCAGCGAAAUUAGGAAAAAAGUCUAUUCUGAUUUACAAUGUACACCCUUUAAUGGAUGCAAAGUCAUUAUUCGAUUUCUUUAAACUAUUUGGUGAAAUAAUCAGUCUACGCUACUCACCGCCUGAGGCUCGAUGUGCUUUCGAAUUUAAUAAGUCAGAAUGUGUAGAAAAAAUUCUAGCAUCUCCAAUGAAUACAAUUUAUAAGUUCAACUUGAACAAUAUUAACAUUCCUGAAUUCUAUUUAAAUAAAAAUCCUGAAUGGAUAACAGAUUAUCAAAAGUCUAAAAGCGAUUCGGAAGCAAUACUGCAAAAUUAUUUCAAGAAACGUAUGGAAUACGAUAAAACACCUGAUGACGACGGUUGGAUUACAGUCAAAAAAGGAAUGCGACUUUAAUUCAGACUUUAUUUUUAUUGCUGUAAAUUUGAUUUAAGUAUAUAUAAUAGAUAUGUUUCAUCAUG